AUGAACAUUAUGAUGGUGUCAUCAAAGAAUGAGAUGAUUAAAAGCCAAAAAAUAGUUCAAAUACCAGGAGUGAACGGAAAUUCUCUUAUUUGUACUGAAUCAGAAAAAAUAAGAUCACCAAAUUUCUCAGGUGAUCCAGCAGAACUGCUUUCCAAGCUUGGUGGUCGUUGUUACAAAAUCGAUGCUGAUGGAGAGCUUUUUGAAUUUUGUUAUGAAGGAGAGUCAAAGCUAAAUGGUGUAUCUCUUGGUUAUUUUGCUGGAUAUAUAUUCAAUAAUAACAAACUUUUUUCAGAAACAUCUAAUGGUUAUCAAUGCGGAAAUUCUACUUAUCGAUUAACAACUUAUUAUGAUUGUGACUAUAGUGCAAAGAAGUACGAGCCUAAAAUACCUGCAUUUUGGCAUGAUAAAGACGAUGAAUGUCAUUUAUUCACGGAAAUUUAUAAUAGACAGCUAUGCAAACAUCACGUAUUCUCAUCUUCAGAAACCUUAGAUGUCACAUGUAUUUCAAAGAACGUUUACGAGAAUAUAUUCGUUUAA